AUGGAACAUUCGGAAUUAGUCCAAGAAAUGCUUUUAUUAGAAAAGAUGACCGCACAAGAACGAUUGAAACAUGCACGACGAAGACGACAACAACAAUUAAAAAAUUGGAUACAACGUGAAAAAGAGUUAUUAUCAACAACGACCACUGCUAUAACAUCUCUUGCAACAACAUCUACCAUACCGAAUGGAGAAAAUACAAUGACAAAAGCUGCACAAUCUUAUUUAAAACCAUUAACAUCUUUCAAACAUCUAACAAAAAAUAGUUCACAAGUGAAAUUUCCUCAAAAUGUUGUUUUACUUGAUGCUACAGCACGUCAAGAUGUGGAUGAAGUACGUCGUCUAUUACAAUCUGGCAACUACAAUCCAAAUACAGCCAAUGAAGAUGGUUUAUCACCAAUUCAUCAAUGUUCAAUUGAUAAUAGUGAACAAUUAUUACUAUUAUUAAUCGAAUUUGGUGGUGAUGUUAAUGCACGCGAUAGAGAUUUAUGGACACCGUUACAUGCAGCAGCCACAUGUGGUCACAUGCAAAUAUGCAAAAUAUUAAUUGAACAUGGAGCCGAAUUAUUAGCAUUGAAUGCCGAUGGAAAUAUGCCGUAUGAUAUUUGUGAUGAUGAUCAAACAUUAGACUAUAUUGAAACCCAAAUGGAUCAAGCGGGCAUAACACAAGAAAUGAUUGACACAACAAGAUCAAAAUUAGAAAAUCAAAUGCUAAAUGACCUUCAACAAUUGGUUAAAAAAAAAAUAUCACAUAACUCUUCUCGGACAGUAGAUGAUGUACUCUCUUACAGAAAUUCGGACGGUGCCACACCAUUACAUAUCGCGGCAGCAAACGGAUAUCAAUUUGUUGUCGAAUAUUUACUACGGCAACACAUAUCUAUUAAUGUGCAAGAUAAUGAUGGAUGGACGCCACUGCAUGCAGCUGCGUUUUGGUGUCAACAAUCCAUUUUGGCGUUACUCAUCGAAGCUGGAGGCGAUAUAUAUGAGAAAGUACCUGAUCAACGCAAUGCAAUUGAUCUAUGCGACGAUCCUGAUAUACGAACAUUUAUGACUGAUUAUCGAGAACAAUGUAUUCGAAAUCAACAACAGCUUCAAGCAGCUCAACAAGCAGCAGCUCAGGCUGCUGCUCAACAACAACAGCAGAAAUCGACGAAUCGUCUGUUAGCUGCUAAUGGUUUACCACCACCGACUACAGCUAGAACUGGUACACUCUAUGAAUCACGCUCGUCUGUUUCAUCACCUUAUGGAUCUGGUUCGAGUUUAAAUCGAACAUCGUCGAUUCGUCGUGCUUCAUUACGUGACAGAGAAAAAGUUAAAAAAUUAAAUGCAAACUUUUUUGAUGUGCUCGAAGCGAAAGACAAAAUACAUGAAGACGUUGACGAAGCAACAAUAACAGCACCUCCUAUUGUAUCCACUCUAACAAAACCAUCUACAAGUGAUAGUAAACAAACUAAAUCACCAGUAGUUAAAGAAGAACAAGCAAAUAGUUCAAUGACAGUCGGUACCGACAUAACUGUUCUUCCAUCAUGUAUAACAGCGAACACGACUGAAUUACAAAUGACAACUGUGAAAAAACCUGCUCCAAUGACGAAUAUGGUUCGAAACGAACCUUCUGAAAUGACUCUAAGCAAUAAUCACAAUAAUGGUACAUCAUUACGACCAUUACCUUCCAUUUCUACUACCAGCGUCCCUCUGCCUGGUACACUAAUAGAUGUUAAAAGAAAACGAGAUGAAAAACGUCGUGCAGGAAAUAUAAAUGAUGUUUUCGCAACGCCGAUAAUGAACGGUAAUGGGAAAAUAAACGAUAACAAUCACAAUGAAAAAACGACUUAUGGUGGUAUGCCUAAUAACAUUACAAAUUUAAGUCGAACAACUCUUCCUCCUCUACAACAUCAACAAUUAACGAUAACAAAUAAUAAUGAUCUAUUAAAAAAAUAUAGUUCACCAAAACAUGUUGAAAUUGUUGGACAUUUAAAUGAUGAUCAGGAAAAACGUAUAUGUUGCGUUAUUUUGUAA